CAGCCCUGCUUUUGUUUGGGGUCAGUGACGCGGUUCUGUCCUGGAUAUAAAUGCAGCUCAGUUUGUGUGUUUGGUACCAGAAUCCAGCGGGACAUCAGGAUGAAGCUGAUCGGUUCUCUGACUCUGAUCUGGACCCUCUGUAGAACAGCUGAAGCUCUGAGCUGUUAUAACUGCACAGACCCGAGUUGCGCCAGCCCAGGAAAACAGACAUGCUCCUCAUCGGAGGAGAUGUGCAUAACAGCAUCUAGCCGAGCUUCAGGAGAACAUCUCAUCUAUAAAGGCUGUGAAUCUGCCUCUGUGUGUCUGAGCUCAGGCAAUACGACCUUUUCACUCAGCACAGGUGAGACGACUAUCGUAGCAUCUGUUCUGUGCUGCAACACCAGCGACUGCAACGACCUGACACUGCCUGUCCCUGCUCCUCCAGUGCCAAACUCCCUGCAGUGUUUCUCCUGUAGCCUCAAUGACUGCAGAGAGGCCAUGUGCUCAGGAGAGGAGAGUCAGUGCUUCACAUCAAUCUUGAGUAUGGACGAUCAAGAGUAUCCAUUUCUGGGCUGCAUGACUCGUAACCUGUGUGACGCCGACCUGGGUCGCCUGUUCCAGGAAGACAACGUUCUUUUCAACAUCAGCGGACUGAGCUGCUGUGGAACCAGUUUGUGCAACGACCCACCAGUACCACCAGUGAAACCCACACAGACCAGUGGCGGUUCUGGUGUGAGACUGGAGCUGCUCCAGCUGCUGCUUGGUCUGCUGGUCUGCGCUCUAAUCAAUGACAAAUCAAUGCAAGGCUGGUAAAGUGUAAAUAUUACACUUAAUAUGUUUUGAAUAAGUUUAAUUGUAUAAAACUAUAUAAAACAAAGUUUUAAUUUCUCGUUUGUCUAGUUUUCUCAGCCUUUAAUACCUGAUAAAACAGAUUAAAUGUGUGAUUUUUAA